AUGAAGAGGGCCGGGGAGCCAGGAAAUGGGCUCACACUCUGCAACCGGCCAGAGCAGGGGGCCCAGGCCGGCUCCGCGGCCCGAUCCCAGCUCUCAACAGCCAUUCGUGGGCAGACUCAACCCCAGGGCUGCAGCCCGGCCCGCCCGAGGCCUCGGCGGCCCUCAGCCCCGCGCCCGCUCCGCCGGGAGUCCGACGCCCGCCCCGGCCUCCCGCCGCCGCGUGCCUCCCGCCUCGGCUCCCGCGUCCUGCGGCGCCGCUCACCCGGGCCGGGCCGGUCUGGCGUCCGAGAGACCGCGCAGCGCGAGAAGAGCUGGGCAGGACGAGUAGGGAAGGAAGGGUCGAGCCCCGCACCGCUUGGGGCCUCCGCCACCCGCAGAGGAAGGACCGAGCAGAGCCGGGAGCACAACAGCCCGCGCCUCGCACACCCGCCGCAGCGCGCGCCCGCCGCGCCUGAGCCCGAGGCAGGCCCGUCGCUCGUGCCCGCGCACGCCGCGCCGCACUCCCAGUCGCCUCAGCGCCGCCUGCCCGCCCGCGCGGUCCCGCCCCUCACCUUCCUGCGGCGGCUUUGCCCCGCCCCUCUAGCAUGCCCGCGUCCUUCCGGUCUGCAGGCCAAUGGCAGCUCUCCCCUGUUACAUAAGCGCGCGGGGGCGGGGCCUAGGACGGGAACUGCGGGGCCCUCGCCCGCCCCUCUGCUUCCCGCCCGCUCUCUCGGUGCCGCCUCAGCGCGUCCCCCUGCCCUUGCGGUGUGUGACCUCCGGUCUGCGGGCGGCUGUCGGCCGAGUGGCUCAGCAGUCACUCCUUCGUGUCUCACUCACCCGGCCUGGCCUUCGCCCCGCCGCCCUCGUUCUUCCCUGGCCAGCCGGGAGCCCUGUAAGGCGCUAGCCGGAGCGGCGGGGGAGUCGCGCCCGGGGCCCCGCGUGGCCGCCGCUCGGCCAUGA